AUGUGUACAUGCGGUGCAAGUUUCACAAUCGAGAUUGUAUCAGAACAAUUUGGGGGGAAGAGGUUGCUGGAGCGCCAUCGAAUGGUGAAUGCUGCGCUGACUGAGGAGAUGAAACAAAUUCAUGCUCUGUCCAUAACAAAAGCUCUGACCCCGGAGCAGUGGAAACAGCAGCAAGAGCCAGAAAAAUCUCAAGCUGCUGCCUAA